AUGUCUCAGCGCGAUGAGAGGGACCAACGUCGCUCAAGGAUCGACGACAGUAAUGCGAGAAGCCGUCGGGUCGAGGCGCCCCUCCUCCCAAUGGGAUCACGUCCAGCAAGAAUAAGCCCCUUCAUUCCGAUCAUCUUAGAAGAAGUCUUGCCUUUCGGGUUCCGGAUUCCCGACCUACCACAGUUUAAUGGGAGCGCAGACCCUCAGGAUCAUAUAAAUAACUUCUAUGCAAAGGUCGACCUUUACGGGCUCACAGAUGCGGCAUACUGCAAAGUCUUCCAGACCACCUUGACAGGCCAAGCGUUGGGUUGGUUUAAUAAACUACCUGGAGGAUCCAUCGACGGGUGGGCGCAGUUGGCGGAGCAAUUCCUUAGCCAGUACUCUAUCAACAAAAAGUACGCCAAAACCGGAAUUUACCUUUUUAAGGUAAUACAACGCGAGGGCGAGGCUCUGAGAGACUAUGUGCAACGGUUCGUCAAUGCGGUGCACGAGGUGCAUUACGUUAACCAUGAAUUACUGGCCGGCAUCUUGAUGAAGAACUUGCGACACGCGCGCUUUCGGGACUCCCUUGCCGGUCGACCUCCCUCAACCUUAGACGAGCUCCUUAGUCGAGCUGAGAAGUAUAUUCGAAUUGAAGAAGCCACAGAGAUGGGGCUGCCCGUAAAGCGAAAACGGGAUGAUCAAGAUAGGCUCUAUCCUCAAAAUCGCAACGAAGACCGGUAUGAGGCAAGGAGGAGAGACGAAAGGCGCCUGGACCGACCUUCAUCCCAUCCCAAGUUUACACCUUUAAAGGCCAAGCUAUUGGACGUGUGGGUGGUGGCAGAGCAAAAAGGCUUAAUCCUUCCUCCCCGACCCAUGAAAGAAAAUCCGAAGCGAAACAAGUCGGAUAAAUACUGCGAGUAUCAUAAGGACCGUGGACACACGACGGACGAAUGUUUCCAACUUAAACAAGAAAUUGAGAGGUUGAUAAAGAAAGGGCACCUUGGAGAGUUCGUGAGCCAGCACCCGAACAAAAAGUUCAAGGGAAAGCCCCAAUUCCAAGGCAAGGACGAUCGACGCGAGCCCCGGAAGGGCCGAGAAGAGGAUAAUUUGCCAACGCAAGGCGUCAUCGCCGUCAUCUCCGGAGGCCCGGCGGGAGGCGACACGCCCAGCGCUCGUCGAGCGUUAAUAAGGGCCGUCAGCGGAUCAACCUCUACGUCAGAACGCCCGGCAGGGCAGAUGCUGCAUAUUUAUUCACCGGAGUCAGAGAUUUCUUUUGGGGACGCCGACCUCGAGGGACCCCGCAACGAUCAUAAUGACGCCUUGGUCAUCUCCGCCUCAAUCUCCAAUUAUUUGGUGAAGAAAAUCCUGAUAGAUGGCGGGAGCUCGGCUGACAUCAUAUACCACGAUGCUUUCGAAAAGUUAGGAAUUUCAAACGCCAAACUAACGCCAGUGAGGACUCCCCUGGUAGGAUUAAGUGGAAGUGUGGUAGAGGCCAUGGGAGAGAUACCUCUGGUCGUGUCUAUAGGUUCAUUUCCGCGAAGGGUCACAAACACCGUAAACUUCUUAGUCGUCAAAGCCCCAUCUACGUACAAUGUGAUUUUGGGGCGACCGAGCAUCAACAUAUUCAAGGCAAUUCCCUCAACUUACCACAUGAAGCUCAAGUUCCCAACGCCUCAUGGCAUAGGGGAGGUGAGAGGUGACCAGCGCAUCGCCCGUGAAUGUUACGCAAAUACCCUGAAGACGCCACAACUUCGAGCCAAGAAUCAGACAGGUGGGGGAGACGACACCCCCGGCCACUUGAAGAGGAAAUGGGUGUUGGCGGUUGAAGAUGAGCGCACCACGGUGUUGGUUAAUCAACACGACGAAAGCAUGAGACUAGCGGCAGUGGAUGAGGUUAAGGAAGUAGAGCUAAUCCCGGGCAACCCAGAGAAACUGCUCAGAGUUGGAGCAAGCCUUGACCCCAAGACAGAAGCCGACCUAGUUGAAUUCCUCCGGAAAAAUGGCGAUGUAUUUGCCUGGACGGCGGCGGACCUAGAAGGAGUUCCCCCUUCCAGGGCAUUACAUCGGCUCGACGUCAACCCAAACCUUAGACCCGUUAAGCAGAAGAAAAGAACCUUUGGCCCCGAGCGGAACAAACAUAUCAAAGAAGAAGUUGACAAACUCUUAGCAGCCGGACACAUUAGGCCCGUCCAAUAUCCGGUGUGGUUGUCUAACGUUGUCCUCGUGGCUAAGGCAGGAGGCAAGUGGCGCAUGUGCGUAGAUUUCACAGACCUCAAUAAAGCAUGCCCAAAGGACCCUUUCCCACUCUCAAGAAUAGACCAAUUGGUGGACUCCACCUCGGGAUGUGAACUUUUGAGCUUCUUGGAUGCGUACCAAGGGUAUAACCAAAUUCAGUUGGCACCGGAGGAUCAGGAGAAGGCCAGCUUUGUUACGGAUCAGGGCAUCUACUGUUACAAGGUGAUGCCUUUCGGACUCAAAAAUGCAGGAGCCACAUACCAAAGACUUGUGAACACUAUGUUUGGCAAACUUAUUGGUCGCAAUAUGGAGGUAUACAUAGAUGAUAUGCUUGUCAAGAGCCUAAAGACCUCGAGUCAUGUGCGAGAUUUAGAUCAAUGCUUCACCAUCCUACGGGAGUACAAGUUAAAGUUAAACCCCUCAAAGUGCACAUUCGGGGUGAGAGGAGGGAAGUUUCUGGGAUACAUGAUUUCACAACGAGGCGUAGAAGCAAAUCCCGCCAAAAUCGAUGCUCUCAUCAAUAUGUCUCCGCCAAAAUCAAUCAAGAAUGUCCAGCAGUUGAAUGGAUGCUUGGCCGCGCUAAACCGGUUUAUUUCCCGCUCGGCCGAGAAAGGACUCCCUUUCUUUAAGGUACUCCGAGAAGGUAAAAACUUCAAGUGGACAGAGGAAUGCCAAAAGGCCUUUGAGGAGCUCAAGCAGUACUUGGCGUCACCCCCUCUCCUGACCAAGCCCAGAGAGGGAGAUGAGCUUCUGCUAUAUCUAGCAACUACGUCAGAGGCAGUCAGUGCAGUUUUGGUACGCGAGGGAGAGAAAGGGCACCAACCUGUUUACUAUGUCAGUCGGGCCCUCCGAGGGGCCGAACAACGGUAUUCGGGGAUAGAACGGCUCGCUUUAGCACUAGUCACCGCAGCCCGGAAGCUACGACCCUAUUUUCAAUCCCACCAGGUAGUGGUCUUGACAAAUUUCCCUUUGAAACAAGUUUUUCGAAGCCCCGAGACGUCAGGUAGGCUAGCCAAGUGGGCAAUCGAGCUAAGUGAAUAUGGGGUAAGUUUCCGGUCCCGACCAGCCAUAAAGGCGCAAGUCCUUGCGGAUUUCCUGGUGGAGAUGGUGUCAAACAAGGCAACGUGCUCUUCCCCAACUUGGACCCUUCACGUUGAUGGAUCUUCCACCAUUGGCGGCAGUGGGGCCGGGAUAUUCAUUCAAAGUCCAGAAGGCGACACCAUGGAAUAUGCCCUUAAGUUGGAAUUCCCGGCAUCCAACAAUGAAGCCGAAUAUGAGUCCCUCGUAGCCGGUUUGAAAUUAUCUCAAGCAGCGGGAGCUAGGAGUUUGUUAAUCUAUAGCGACUCACAGCUAGUGGUAAACCAGGUCACGGGGAUGUACGAAGCCAAAGACGAGAAAAUGGUUAAGUACCUAGACCUUGUGCACAAGCUCAUAGCCGGCUUUGAGAGAGUGGAGGUCAAACAGGUGCCCCGAGCUGAAAACGAAGCGGCUGAUAAACUAGCUCGGUUGGCCAGCUCUAUGUCAAAAAUCGACAGCCGACGAGUCACAUUUCUGUCAUCGGGCCACCCUGAAAUCGAGUCAAGCACGCAAAUCCUCUGCUCCAGCAACACACCAUGCUGGAAAGACGAGAUAACCAAAUAUCUUUCUACGUCAGAAUUGCCUCAAGAUGGAGCGGCUGCAAGAAAAGUAAAGAUAAGAGCCGCCCGUUUCCUACUUAUCGGAGGUGAGCUUUAUAAAAGAGGUUUUUCGGUCCCUUACCUAAAAUGCUUGGCCCCGGAGGAAGCGGAGUACGUCUUGCGCGAAAUUCAUGAAGGCAUCUGUGGUAAUCACUUGGGAGCAAGGGCUCUAGCCGUGAAGGCCUUACGACAAGGAUAUUUUUGGCCAACCAUGCAGCGAGAUGCUAAGUCAUUGGUCGAAAAGUGCCGACCAUGCCAGAUACAUGCCAACAUCUCGCACCUGCCGGGUUCUUUGCUCCACCCGAUUGACAGCCCAAUUCCCUUCGCCCAAUGGGGAAUGGAUUUGGUAGGGCCAUUUCCACCGGCCACAGGGCAACGAAAAUUCCUUAUCGUUGCAGUCGACUACUUUACUAAAUGGGUAGAAGCCGAGCCUCUGGCCAAGAUAGCAGAACCCGACGUCAUUCGAUUUCUCUGGAGAAAUAUCGUCUGCCGUUUCGGAAUACCCCGCGCCUUAAUUUCGGACAAUGGCACCCAAUUCUGCGGGGACAAGGUGGCACAAUGGUGUGAAGGGCUUUCGAUCAAGCAAUUCUUCACUUCGGUGGGAAACCCGCAGGCGAAUGGUCAAACCGAAGUAACAAACAGGACAAUCCUACAACACAUAAAAACGAGGUUAGGAGACGCCAAGGGCGCUUGGGUUGAGGAGUUGCCGAGCGUGUUGUGGGCCUAUCGCACAACCCCACGGAGUUCAACAGGAGAAUCUCCCUUCAAUCUCGCAUACGGAAUGGAGGCAGUGGUUCCGGCCGAAAUAGGACAACCUUCAUGGCGAGUCGCGAACUACUCAAUCCAGCAUAAUGACUCAGCAGUCAGGGCCAGUCUAGAUUUCCUAGGGGAAGUGAGGGAGGCCGCGUCAACCCGGGCGGCGGCCUACAAGGCUAGAAUGGCGCAAGCAUAUAAUCAACGGGUGAAGCCGAGAACAUUUCAGGUCGGAGAUUUAGUACUCCGAAAGGUUGGAAUCUCCAAAGCCGUGGGCAAAUUAGAUCCAAAAUGGGAAGGACCGUACAAAAUAACCCAAGUUGUCAAUGCAGGAGCAUACCGCCUCCAGCAUAUGGAUGGACGCCACCUGCCGAGGACUUGGAAUGUCGGUAAUUUGAAGAAAUAUUUUUCUUAG